CAGCGCUGGGCGGCGAGUCGCCCCGCGGGCCCCGCGCGCUGCCAGCCCAAGCCGCGCACCGCGUCCUUGAGUGCCGCCACCAGCCCCUCCUCGAAGCGCUCCAUCCGGGCGAGGCCCUUACGCGUGAACAACAGGCGAAGGAGAUGUCCGGACGGACUUCCAGGAAACCACCCCAACCAUAAAUGAUGAGCGACACCGCCGCCGACGAAGACGACGAGCAGCACGCCGCUGAACGGAGGGACGAGCCGUCAGCCGUGGACGUCUGGCAGCGGGUGGGACAGAGAGCCGAGCUCGAGAAGACACCGUGCAGGCGGCUCUUCUCCUCGUCGGGACCCGAGCGGGACGUGGCGAUCAUUCACGACGCCGCACGGGAUGUCUUCUACGCCAUGGACGCAUGCUGCCCGCAUCAAGGUGGACCACUAAAUGAAGGUGACAUUGAAGACAUAGGAGGGAAUUUGAAGAUUACGUGUCCGUGGCACUACUAUCAGUUUGACGUAAAAACUGGAAAGUCAGACACAGGAUUACAGCAAAGAGUCUACGAGGUGAAAGUUGAAGAUGGUUUGGUGUUUGUCAAGUGUCCUACCAAGCUGUCACUCACCCCAUUCAAGAAAUGAAAUCAGCCAGCAAGAGACUCAGCCACACUUCCAAAAGUGUCCACAUUAAGACAUCAUACUGCAAUUUAAAGUACCUGGACGUGCAAAUAUAACAAUGCGGUAUAAAGUAUAUUGAAAGUAUAGCCUUGGCCAGUAGUUCCCAACCUUUUGUUUGCCGUGUACCCCUACAAGACAUAUCAACUGCUCACUCAACCCUGCCAGCUAUAUGAUAGUAUUAAUUAAAUAACUGAAUAAUUGCUUAUUACAUUAUACUCAUAAUUAAAACCUAAGACGUUUGAUUAACUUUUAAUAACUGAACAAUUAAGGAACCUUGAUUUAACGUUUACAUUUUAAUUGAAUUUAAGAACAUACUAUGCUGUGUUCAAGGCAAGUCACUUAUCACCAUGAAGUAGAAGAGGUAGGCCUGAGAGAUUUUUUAUUGGGAUUGAAUAAUUAUUUUAGUGUCCAUUUUGUACCAUAUAUAUGUAAUAAAGAAAAGAGAGCAUUCGUGGAACAUGUGGCAGACUGAGGACAUCCAAGUGCACAAGUUUCUUCAAAUUCCAUGAAACAGAUAAGUAUAUAGCUUUAUAAUUGCUGGUCCACACAGAGCAACGUGGCUUAGUAUAAGACCAGUCAUUGCCUGUGUACCGUCCCUCUGCACCCCACCCUCCAAGGGGUAUUGGAAUUUCAAGUUGCGAACUGAUGGCACGGACUUAGAGUAAGAUUCUCACCUGGACGAAUGCUCAAUCAUAUUUUUUGUAAAAAAAAGUAACAGCAUCUCAAUUCGCGAUAUUCUGCAAUGUUCUUAUAAAACAUGAAAAAAAUAGCUAAUGCCAAACUGACAAUGAUACCCAUAAUCUUGAUUGCAAAGGCACAAUGAGAUUUUUUACAAAAUCCUAAUUAAUAUUCUUUUGUUGAGAGAAUUACUUUCCUCUGCACUGGAUAUUUUUUUAAAUUGGAUUGAUUGCAAGGCUGUCUGCCAGUAGCAACACUCGCUAAAUAUGCUUUUCUCUUCAGCUUCACAUGUUAGCAUGCCAGCAAUACUACUGAAGGCAUCCAAACGCAUCAUAUUAAAGCACAUGCAUAUAACACACUUAAGAACCCUGUUAAAGUAAGUGUGCCAAUGUACAUUUUGAAAGUGCUCACAUCAAGUGUAAGGUGCACCUGCCACACCUUAAAUCAAAUUGUUGCGAAUACAGGAAAGACGUUGGCUCAAGAUAAAAUCGCCCAGAUGCUGCUUGCAAAUUUUGAAGCCAAAUGUCAUAAAUUCACACAUUUCUGGAAUAUUAAUAUAUUGUCUUUAUUUUAAUAACGUUUCUCUAAUACAAAGCUUACAAUAUUAAAAUAAAGUUGUUUGAAAACGUU